GUGUUGUCCUCGCAUCCACCCGCCGUCCUCACCUCUCCCACCUUGCACAUGUUAGGCGACACCUCUGGCGUUGCAUUUGACUGCCAUCCUUUCGUAUCCUGGGUUGCGGUGAAGUGACGGCUUUUCUUUUUGUUAAGAUGUCUGACAAUUUUGACUACCCUCCGGCAUCAAACGAUCACCCCCCAAGACCCCAAUUAUCGCAGGCCACCCACGCCCGUUUAAAUCUAGCAAGUCAACUACGACACCUUCGAGAGCUCAUUGAAUUUCAUGACGGGGAUGGAACACAAAGAGACCGUGCGUUGGACACCCUUAACCGUGAAGUAGAGGAGUCGUACCCUGCCACUGCGGCGUCUCGAUUGUCAGAUUACCGUCUUAAUAAUAGGUCGUCAGGGGAUCACGCUGAACGCCGUGAUCGUCUGCGACGUGCUAUGCAAGAUGCUUCAGAUGCCGUUGAAACUCACCUGAUUAGUACCGGGUCAAGAAGACCAAGAGCAGGAUGGGAGGACGAUUUAUCGAUGAUGGUAGGAGCACGGAGACUUGCCGAUAUUAAUGGACUGAGCGGCAUUCAGUCGGCCCAGGAGCGAUUGAGGGCAGCGAGUUCAACAAUUCGAACCUUGUUGGAUGAUAGUAAUGCGACCCCUGGUCCUGCUUCCCGCGAACAUCCUUCCGAGAGACAAUCAAGCCGUCGACGGAAUAAGCGGAUCAAACUUGAUUCCGAUGAUAAACGCGAAGGCAUACGGGGUUUAAGCUACGGACACUACGGUCAGGUUGUGCCUGGGGCGCUGGAGAUGGAAAUUCUCAGCUGCGAUGGAGGGGCUUAUGGAUUAAACGGUCGAACCUCGUGGCCACAGAAUAUCCUGGAGGAUGACAAUUCAGUGUUUAGUGCCAAGAACGAACGAUGCAACAUUAUACUAAAGCACCACGGCCAAACCCCAUUUUGUUUGAGAAGAUUGGUUAUUAAAGCUCCAAACUCUGGAUAUGAUGGACCGGCUGGUAUUCGUGAGGGGAUGGUCUUUGUGACUAUGGCAUCGGAUGAGCUACUCAGUCGUACGGCCCGGUAUCAUAUAAUCUAUUCUUGUCGACCUUUGCGGCCACCGCCUCGCCGACAUUCUUGGCAGACUACUUCACAACGAUAUCUUAGCGCUCUUCGAGCCUCGCUACAGUCACCACAACGCACAGUUCUAGUACACCCAGAACAAUUAUCUUCCCACGCAGAUAAUUCGACUGACCCCGAAGACCGUAGCCAGCCCCAAACCACUAGCCGACAGUUGUCGCCAGACCGUCGUACGGAAUUUCAUGUCACUCUAGAACAAGACGAUAGGUCUGACGAUGGAUCUAUACCCGAUCAACACUCAGAGGAGUUGACAGCUAAUGCUGAAGGAGCAUAUGAGGAUAUGUCCGAGUAUCUAUAUCCGGUGGAGUGUAGCACCGAUAGUAGUGAUGAUGAAGUGAGUGACACGUCUGAUCGUCUCCUCGACGAAAUUCGACGUCAGGUGCGACAAUCAAUGGGUGUCGAUUCGAGCAGUAUUGGACUCAGGAGCCGAUUACUACCGAAUAUCAUCGCUCCUCCAGCAGGGCCGUACUCUGGCAACGCGGAGGCUACUGAGCCAGUCCCACCUGCAGAGGAGGUCCUCUCCCCACAUGCAAGGUUUUUUAUCAGAAGAGACAAGAGCUCCGUCAGUAUCAAGUUCGAUCCGCCUGUGUCUGGGCGGUUUGUCCUCGUCAAAAUGUGGAGUCCGUUCGGAAAUGGCACAGUCGAUAUUCAAAACAUCACUGCGUACGGUUAUGCAGGUCCUCGGUUCUUCCCUUCAUUGCAGUUCAGGUAGACCCUGCUGUACUUUACUGCCAGCUGGACUUCUCCAUUCACAUGUAUGCUCAAGUCUUUAUUCACUUAUGCCCUGACAA